AUGUCUUCCGGAACCUGGACCCCGCCUGCUGAAGGGUCUCCCUGCUGGGUUGAGAUUCCUGCCCGCGACAUCGAGAAGCUCAAGACCUUUUAUAGUAACCUCUUUCCCACCUGGACGUGGAGACCCGAAGUCAGCGAUUCGGGACAUCAGGUCGCCGUGUUCGAGUUCAAAGACCUCAAGGGCUUGGGCGGCGGGUUGGUCAAAAUGCCCGACGACUGUGGCCCGAACACGCAAGCUCUCGGUUCGGGCAUCACAGUCUACCACAUGGUCGAGUCGCUGGAGAAGACUGAAGCUCGCGUUCAUGAACUGGGAGGCAAGACUGUCCUGGCAAAGACGGCCCAGGGUGAUAGUGGCGUCUACAUCAACGUCACGGAUCCGGAGGGGAACAGGUUCGGCAUCUAUCAGCUGGUGCAAAGCUGUGGCUCUUAG